AUGUUUAUUUCCUUCUACUACUUCAAAAGGGUCUUCCUCGUUUGCCAGGUAAAAAUGAGAGAAAAGGAAGCACAUAAGGGUAGGAAUGGUGUGCUAAAUGUUUCAAAUCUUCCUGGUGAACAUACAUCUCUGGACAGCAUAGGACAGCUGCACGACGCUCUUACCGGUGGCAAUUGCAAGAGAUAUGUGUCCAUUACCGCGCAGCACGACAGUCUUCUGUCUCUCACCCUCUCCCCUUCCCUUGCGAGUGCUGUUCAGCACAUUACAUCUCUCACUGCAUCGCACAACCGGUUGAGCACACUUCAGGGUAUUGAGGCGUUUGUGUGCCUUGAGUUUCUUGACCUGAGCCACAACGCACUACGCAUCUUAGACGCGCACUCAACAACGCUGCUGCGGAAACUUCGGUGCCUCAAGCGAUGCAAUUUUUCAUAUAAUGAGAUAUGUAUGGCUGACUUCGACACGACAUUCCGCUGUGGUAUUUCACAUAAUGAGUCAGGCGCAAAUAAGGAAGGUGGUAUUGCCUCAGCAGCAACACCGAUGGCAUCAGCCGGAUCGGUGGGACCCGCAGUUCCCGGAUUUUUAGAAGAACUCACCCACCUCGAUUUGUCUCACAAUCAGCUCAUUGAGGUGCCGGAUCUUCGUUGUAUACCAGUAUUAGAGGAACUGAAUCUUAGCUACAAUCGCAUCGAUCUCAUUGCAGAUCUUGAUAACCGUUUGCCACUUCUGCGGCUCUGCUCGUUCUCCAUCAGCCACAACUCACUUGCCGUUCUGCCGUCAUUACUUCCCCUCACCGUGUUGGCAGGGACACUUUGCGUUCUGAAUGUCGCGGGGAACCCCUGCGUACAGGACUUUGAAUCAACUGAUCCCGCGAUGGGGGGUAUUCGCGCUUGGUUGUUGUGGCUUCUGCCUUACCUCGAGUUGUUAGACGAGGUGCCCCUCACCACAGAGGAACGCCAGAUAGCCUGCAAGCUUUUCCGUAGGAACAAUAAACUUAGUUAUGAGCUUAUGGAUGUGAUGAAUACCAAUAAUGGUACCCAGCUGGUUUCGUACUUGCGAAAGUUCACUCAGAGGACCACUUCAAGGUCACUUGUUGGCGCGAGAGAGUCGGUAAGAGAGAAGUCUCCACCUUCGCCCAACCCGGCCGUCGGUGCUGUAAACGGAGGCGUCAUCAACAAUGUUGGUGGAAUCCGCUUUGCCACCGGUGCCGUGUUCCCCUCCGCCUCGCCCUCGCCGGCGGCGGAUGGCACCGUGCGGAGAACGAGCUCGAAGCCACAGCCCAUUGAGCUUGUUGUGCAGAUGCUCCAGUGGAAGGUAAGGCAACUGUCAAACGUCAUGGAGGUUCUUUGGCAAGAGAGUAUGGCAAGACGCGUAUUUGCCGUAAGGGUGCUACAGAGGCACGUUCGGGGGUUCUUGGCCCGGCGACAACUUCCAGAAGUCGUCCACAGAACCUGUACGCGCAUAAGGACCAACAUGUUAGCCAGUGGGCAACGACCUUAUUUCCCUGACCAACGGAGGUCAGCGAAAGCCGAUACCACCUUGAGUGUUGUGCGUUCGUUGGGCUGCGAAAGUAUCAGUACCGCUGAAAGCGAACACAGUGUUCACACCGAAAUUAUGCAGCGCAUCGACAACUUCGACCAUUUGUUCCGGCAAAUGGAGGAGGAGUUGCACAAAUUUAGGAUAUUCUGGGCCCGUACCAGAGAAAAGUCUGUCGUCGUGGUUCAGAAGUACUACCGCGGCUACCUUGACCGCAAACGGUGGCGAAACCUCAAGGAGAGCUAUGAUGUCUUCAUCGACUCGCUGCGACCGUACGUUGUUGAAUUGCAACGGGUAUCCCGUGGUUAUGUAUCGCGAGCUCGGCUGGCGAAAGAUUCCCGGCAGUUAAGGGAGAUGAGCCGGCUUCGAGGAGAGGUGGCGGGGCUGCGUGCUGCCGUGGAUGAAAUGAGGGCCAUACUGCAGCAGUAUGCGCAAAAGCAACGACGUGGGGAUCCGGAAAGCCCAGUGGUAGAGUCGCCCACAAAGCGUGCAGUUGCGCAUAGCAUCCCCCUCGCCAAAAACAGCGCAGCCAACACGGGCACCACACUUACCGCUGCCGCUACUGCAGCCGCCGCGCAGGCAUCCGCUGUGGCUCGUAUCAGCCCGGAACUUUGA